GCUUCAAAGUCGUUAAGAAUUUGACUUUGCUGUCAGUCGACUUAGAAAAAAGUUAGGUUAUUGUUUGUUCAAAUAUGUCUGUAACUCUCCACACGGAUGUUGGCGAUGUAAAAAUCGAGCUUUUCGUCGAGGAUUGCCCGAAAACAUGCGAGAACUUCCUGGCUCUAUGUGCCAGUGAUUACUACAAUAAUUGUCUCUUUCACCGCAACAUCAAGGGCUUUAUAGUACAAACGGGGGAUCCAACAGGUACUGGCAAGGGCGGGGAAUCGAUCUACGGUGGCAAAUUUGAGGAUGAAUUGAAGGAGAGCCUAAAGCACAAUGAAAGAGGAAUGGUGUCAAUGGCGAAUUCUGGUCCGGGAACAAAUGCAAGCCAAUUCUUUUUCAGCUACGCUGCUCAUCCACACCUGGAUCUCAAGUACACCCUCUUUGGGAAGGUCAUUGAUGGCUUUGAGGUGCUGGAUGAACUGGAAAAACUUCCGGUGAACCCUAAAACCUACCGUCCAAUGAUUGAGAAACGGAUUAAUAAUGUCACUAUUCACGCUAAUCCCCUUGCUGGAUGACCAAAAAUACCAGGAAAUCCUUCCUAAGAGCGACAGCAGUAAUUCCCGGACAGAUUCUAAAUGAAAUGCUCAAAAAUUUUGAGAAGCUUACGGGGCUGAAAAAAACUUCUGGCUAUUAGCUCUACAAGAUGAAUCAAGAAAGUUCAAGCAGACGUAGAGCUUAAACUACGUAACAUAUUUAUUUAAGAUUUCAAUAAAAAAUGCUAUUUUUUACAAAAUA